UUAAUUUUUUGACCAUUCGUCCCCAAAUCGUGUGUUUGCUCUCGCAGAAGUUAAAUAAAGUAAAACAGCGAAUUUUAUAGAAAUUAAAAUCACAAACUUUGGAAGUGAGAAGAAACCCAUCAAUUGAAUCAAAAUGUAUCGCAUUGGGCCGAUUAGUCGUAAAUCGAAUUUUCAUUUGCGUGAAAAAUUCCUUAUUGGUUUGGUGUUAGCUACGCUAUGCUUACUGUGCUUCGGUGGUAUAUUUCUCCUUCCCGAUAAUUUUGGCGGGGAACGCGUUCUGCGUGUUUAUAAGCAAUUCCAAAAAGCCGGCCCUGAAAUGUUCAUACCGGCACCACCACUCGCUGCACACGCACCAAAAGAUGCUGAUCCACAUUUUAUUGGCGACCGUCAGAAGCU